AUGGAAAUCGAUCGUGAUGGUUCCGUUACAUAUAAGAAAACCAUAAAUGACAUGCAGAGUGCGGUGGAAAUGAUAAAAGAUUUAUUGGAAUAUAAAGAAGAGGAUUUCUUAAGUAACGAAGCCUCUAAGCUUAAUGAAGAAAUCGAAAAAACUGCAAUCGCAGAAAAUUUGUAUCAGGAAACCGAGGAGAUUUUUAAAGAG